AAAAGGUAUUGAAUAUUUUUUAGAGGAAGCUGUCGGGUCUCCCUGCAAUGCAGAUGCUUCUCAUGGUAAUGGCUGGUGAUGAUGCCAGUGGAAAUUCUGAGGAACAGAGAGAGGAACCUGUGGAAGAGGCCAAUAAAGAAAAUCCACCUAGCAAUAGCGCUAAACAGACUCAUGAUGAUGGCAGUGCCCAGCGAGAAGACAAGAAAAUUCCAAGAAACAAGAAUUGUCCAUGUGGUUCAAAAAAGAAAUACAAGUCCUGUUGCGGGUCAGGGACAGGGAAAGUCUCUGCAAUUUCCAAUAAUCAAGCUCUUGAAUCCAGAAAAGGUAGUAGAAAGGAAAAGAAGCGAGGUGAAGAGAGGGUCGACGCAUCU